GCAACCUGUUAGUUGAUGUGCCUUGUGGUGUUUUUUCUAGUGCUUGAUGACUUCUGUUCAGAGAUGGAGCUGAUGAAGGAGAAGUACACCAAGCUGCUGCUUGGGGAGGACAUGUCAGGGAGUGGCAAAGGUGUGUGCACUGCUGUGACCAUCUCCAAUGCCAUCACCAAUCUAUAUGCAACUGUGUUCGGGACCUGCCACAGAUUGGAGCCACUUUCCCCUGAGAAGAGGUCAAUGUGGAACCGGGAGAUGGAUUGCCUCCUCUCCAUUUGCAAAUACAUUAUCGAAUUCUCACCAACUGUCCAGGCCAUGCCUGAUGGAAGCACACACAAUGUGAUGGCAACCUCACCAAGAUCAGACAUUCUGAUGAACCUUCCAGCACUUGAGAAGCUAGAAAACAUGCUCCUCGGUAUAUUGGACAGCUUUGACAAGCCAGAGUUCUGGUAUGCAGACCAGAGGAACCAGUCCUUCAAUGAAAGCAAGAAGUCGUUCCAGCGCAGUGAGGACAAAUGGUGGUUACCUAAGCCAUGUGUCCCAGACUCUGGCUUGUCUGAUCGCAUGCACUGUGAACUGCAGCAAAAGAGGGACCAAGCAAGCCAGAUCCACAAGAUGGCCAUGGAGAUCAACAGUGGUAUCCUCUCUGAAAUGCAAGUUCCAUUGUCAUCCUUAGAAACACUUCCGAAAAGUGGGAGGGUGGGCGUAGGUGAUGCCAUAUACCAGUAUAUGUCUUCAGGGGAUCAGUUCUCUCCAGAGAACCUCCUCAACUUCCUCAAUUUGAGCUCAGAAUAUGAGGCGCUUGAGAUUGCAGACCGUGUUGAAGCCGCUAUGUAUGUGUGGCGAAGAAAAUCAAGCAUGACGCAUGUGGUCAUGACGCAUGUGGUGUCAAAAUGGGAGAAUGUUACUGAGCUGAAUGCCGAUGGGGACAAGAAUCUGGUCCUUGCAAGUAGGGCCAGGAGCCUGUUCCUGUGCUUGAAACAGAGGUUUCCAGGCCUGUCGCAGACUACCCUGGAUACAAGCAAGAUUCAGUACAACAAGGAUAUUGGGCCGGCAAUACUCGAGAGCUACUCAAGGGUGCUGGAAAGUUUGGCCCAUAAUAUAGUCUCAUGGAUAGAUGUUCUCAUUGCAGAUGAAAAUGCGAAAAAAGGGCACAAAAUCAGAAUACAGAAGCAGGUGUUCAGCCAGCUCUCCUCAACGCUGAACAUGAAGAACUGA